AUGACUACAAAACGAAGUUUGUUUGUGCGGUUGGUACCCUGCCGAUGCCUACGAGGGGAAGAGGAGACUGUCACUACUCUUGAUUAUUCUCAUUGCAGUUUGGAACAGGUUCCCAAAGAGAUUUUUACUUUUGAAAAAACUUUGGAGGAGCUCUAUUUAGAUGCUAAUCAAAUUGAAGAGCUUCCAAAGCAACUUUUUAACUGUCAAUCUCUACACAAACUGAGUUUGCCAGACAAUGAUUUAACAACAUUACCAGCAUCUAUUGCAAAUCUCAUUAAUCUCAGGGAACUGGAUGUCAGCAAGAAUGGAAUACAAGAGUUCCCAGAGAAUAUAAAAAAUUGUAAAGUUUUAACAAUUGUGGAGGCCAGUGUAAACCCUAUUUCCAAGCUUCCCGAUGGAUUUUCUCAGCUGUUAAACCUAACUCAGUUGUAUCUGAAUGAUGCUUUUCUUGAGUUCUUGCCAGCUAAUUUUGGCAGAUUAACUAAACUCCAAAUACUAGAACUUAGAGAAAACCAGUUGAAAAUGUUGCCAAAAACCAUGAAUAGACUGACCCAGCUGGAAAGAUUGGAUUUGGGAAGUAAUGAAUUCACAGAAGUGCCUGAAGUACUUGAGCAACUAAGUGGAUUGAAAGAAUUUUGGAUGGAUGGGAAUAGACUGACAUUUAUUCCAGGGUUUAUUGGUAGUUUGAAACAGCUCACAUAUUUGGAUGUUUCUAAAAAUAAUAUUGAAAUGAUUGAAGAAGGAAUUUCAGCAUGUGAAAACCUUCAAGAUCUCCUAUUAUCAAGCAAUGCACUUCAACAACUGCCUGAAACUAUUGGUUCAUUGAAGAAUGUAACAACUCUUAAAAUAGAUGAAAAUCAAUUAAUGUUUCUACCAGACUCUAUUGGAGGGUUAGUAUCAAUAGAAGAACUGGAUUGUAGUUUCAAUGAAGUUGAAGCUUUACCUUCAUCUAUUGGGCAGCUUACUAAUAUAAGAACCUUUGCUGCAGAUCAUAACUUCUUACAACAGUUACCCCCGGAGAUUGGCAGCUGGAAAAAUAUAACUGUACUCUUUCUCCACUCCAAUAAACUUGAGACACUUCCAGAGGAAAUGGGUGAUAUGCAAAAAUUAAAAGUCAUUAAUUUAAGUGACAAUAGGUUAAAGAAUUUGCCCUUUAGCUUUACGAAGCUACAGCAGUUGACUGCAAUGUGGCUCUCAGAUAAUCAGUCCAAACCCCUGAUACCUCUUCAAAAUGAGACUGAUUCAGAGACUCAGAAAAUGGUGCUUACUAACUACAUGUUCCCUCAGCAGCCAAGGACUGAAGAUGUUAUGUUCAUAUCAGAUAAUGAAAGUUUUAACCCUUCAUUGUGGGAGGAACAGAGGAAACAGCGGGCUCAAGUGGCAUUUGAAUGUGAUGAAGACAAAGAUGAAAGGGAGGCGCCUCCUAGGGAGGGAAAUUUAAAGAGAUAUCCAACACCAUACCCAGAUGAGCUUAAGAAUAUGGUCAAAACUGUUCAAACCAUUGUACAUAGAUUAAAAGAUGAAGAGACUAAUGAAGACCCUGGGAAAGAUUUGAAACCACAUGAACAUCAACAAGCUGUAAAUAAUGAUACUUCAGAAAGUACUGCUCUGGUAAGAAGCAAAGCCAAUGAACGAGAAAAGUAUAUGAUAGGAAACUCUAUACAGAAGACUAAUGAACCUGAAGCUGAGACCACUCCUUUGAAUCCACCAGUGACUACAAAUAUGAAAACCUCUGAGAACUUGAAGCAUGCUAAUCAUGAUGCUGUUUUUGAGGAAUCUGAAGAACUUUCUUCUGAUGAAGAGAUGAAAAUGGCAGAGAUGCGACCACCAUUAAUUGAAACCUCUAUUAUCCAGCCAAAAGUGGUAGCACUUAGUAAUAGCAAAAAAGAUGAUACAAAGGAUAUAGAUUCUUUAUCAGAUGAAGUUACACACAAUAGCAAUCAGAAUAAUAGCAACUGUUCUUCUCCAUCCCGGAUGUCUGAUUCAGUUUCCCUUAAUACUGAUAGUAGUCAAGAUACCUCACUCUGCUCUCCAGUGAAACAAACUCAUAUUGGUAUUAAUUCCAAAAGAAGGCAAGAAGAUGAAAAUUUUAACAGCAUUUUACAAAAUGGAGAUAUUUUAAACCAUUCAACAGAGGAGAAAUUCAAGGUUCACGAUAAAAAAGAUUUCAACUUGCCUGAAUAUGAUUUGAAUAUUGAGGAACGAUUAGUACUUAUUGAGAAAGGUAUUGACUCAAUAUCCACAUCUGAUGAAUCUCACAAAUUAGACCGUAUCAAUAUGAAUCUUCAUAAACUUAUAACCAAUGAUACAUUUCAACCAGAGAGAAUAGAAAGAUCAAAGGCGCAGGAUAUGGUGCUUGGAACGGCCUUUUUAAGCAUUAAUGCUAACGGACAAGCUGAGCGCUUGGAAAAUGGAAACAAGUGUCCUAAUCUGGAAUGUUUAAAUAAGGUGAAUGGACAUUCUGAGGAAACUCCACAGUCUCCUCAGAAGACUGAGCCCCACGACACUGAUCCUUCUAUUGAUGUGGGUAUUUCCAAGAGCACUGAAGAUCUCUCCCCUCAGAGAAGUGGGCCAGUUGGGUCUGUUGUGAAAUCUCAUAGCAUAACUAAUAUGGAGACUGGACAGCUAAAAAUCUAUGACGUUCUUAGUGAUAAUGGACUUCAGCAGCCAAGUGCAACAGCUAAAGUCACAUCUACUAUGGAUGGAAAAAAUAUAGUCAGGAGCAAGUCUGCUACACUUUUGUAUGAUCAACCAUUGCAAGUUUUUACUGGUUCUUCUUCAUCUUCUGAUUUAAUAUCAGGUACAAAGGCAAUUUUUAAGUUUGAUUCAAAUCAUAAUCCUGAAGAGCCAAAUAUAAGAGGCCCCAUAGCAAGUGGCCCACAAUCUACACCUCAAAUAUAUGGUCCUCCACAAUAUAACAUCCAGUACAGUAGCAGUGCUGCAGUCAAGGACACUUUGUGGCACUCCAAACAAAAUCCUCAAAUGGAUCAUGCCACUUUUCCUUCUCAGCGCCUUCCUCGAUCAGAGAGCACAGAAAACCACAGUUACGCUAAUAAACAUUCUGCCAAUAUGAAUUUCUCUAACCAUAACAAUGUUCGAGCUAAUACUGGAUACCAUUUGCAUCCAAGACUUGGCCCAGGAAGACAUGGGGAAAUGUGGGCCAUCUCACCAAAUGACCGACUCAUUCCUGGAGCAACUCGAAAUACAAUUCAGCGACAAAGUAGUGUGUCCUCUACAGCCUCUGUAAAUGUUAGUGAGCCAGGUCCCACGAGGCGGGCCCAAAUCCCUGAAGGAGAUUAUUUAUCAUACAGGGAGUUACAUACAGUGGGAAGAACUGCUCCAAUGAUGUCAGGAUCACAGAGACCUCUUUCUGCACGAACAUAUAGCAUUGAUGGUCCAAAUACAUCUAGGCCUCAAAGUGCUCGACCCUCAGUUAGUGAAAUACCAGAGAGAACUAUGUCAGUUAGUGAUUUCAAUUAUUCACGGACUAGUCCUUCAAAAAGGCCAAAUGCAAGGGUUGGUUCUGAGCAUUCUUUAUUAGAUCCUCCAGGAAAAAGUAAAGUUCCUCAUGAUUGGCGAGAACAAGUACUACGACACAUUGAAGCCAAAAAGUUAGAAAAGCAUCCCCAGACAUCCUGUCCAGGAGAUCCUUGUCAAGAUGAUAUAUUCAUUUCAGGACAGCACAGCUACUCGUCAGCUACACUUAGUCACAAAGAUGUUCCUCCAGACAGCUUGAAAAUGCCUUUGAGUAAUGGACAGAUGGGCCAGCCUCUCAGGCCUCAGGCAAAUUAUAGUCAAACACAUCACCCCCUUCCUCAGGCAUCUGUGGCAAGGCCUCCCUCUAGAGAACAACUAAUUGAUUACUUGAUGCUGAAAGUGGCCCACCAACCUCCAUAUACACAGCCCCAUUGUUCUCCUAGACAAGGCCAUGAGCUGGCAAGGCAAGAGAUUCGAGUGAGAGUUGAAAAGGAUCCAGAACUUGGAUUUAGCAUAUCAGGAGGUGUUGGUGGAAGAGGAAACCCAUUCAGACCUGAUGAUGAUGGUAUAUUUGUAACAAGGGUACAGCCUGAAGGACCAGCAUCAAAAUUAUUGCAGCCAGGUGAUAAAAUUAUUCAGGCUAAUGGCUACAGUUUCAUUAACAUUGAACAUGGACAAGCAGUGUCCUUGCUAAAAACGUUCCAGAACGCAGUAGAACUCAUAAUUGUACGAGAGGUUUCCUCUUAA